AUGUCAUUAUUUAGAACUUUACAAUCAUCACCAGCUACUAUUACUUUAUUUCAUAAUUCAAAAUUACCAUUAUCAAAUAAAAUUUAUGAUAUAUUAAAUAAAACUUAUGAAACUUUACCAGAAAAACCAAAAUAUGAUUUUCAAAUUGAUUUAAUGAAAAAUAAAAUGCCAACUUAUGAUCAAUAUCAAAUAUUUAUAAAUAAAUUUUUAAAAUCAGAGCAAUCUAAAUCUAUUUUACAUAAUUGUUUUCCAUUUUUAAAUGAUAGACAAUCUACUAAUUUAUAUGAUUCAAAUGGUAAAACAACUACAAUUAAGGGAAUUGAUUGGUCAAAUAAAAUUUUUACAAAACAUGAAUAUGAACUAAUUUAUGAAACUUUUAAUAAAUUAAUAAAUGAUGAAAAUAAUAAAUCAAUUGAUACUAAUCCUGCUGAUAUUUUUAAAGCUCCUUUAGUUGUUGAUUGGGAUCAAGAUUUAUUAGCAAAUGAUGAAGAAACUUUAAAAACUAUAUUAUCAAAAUAUACUAAUCAAUAA